AUGGAACAAGAAUUGCAAGAAGAAUUUAGAAAUUUGUAUGAGUCAUAGGGUAGAUCUGUAACCAAUGCUUUUAGACUUUCUACUUUAUAGGAAUAUAAAGUUUUUCUAAAGUGCAUAGAGGAAUUAUUUUUAUUGGUAGAAGUAGAAGAAACAAAUUAACUUUAUAUCCAUAUAAAUUCUGAUGAAAUCAUAGAAUGGAUUAUUGCAAGACACAAAGAAAAUAAUUUAGACAAAAGCUUUUCUUUCAUGGCACCUGAUGAUAUUAUUAUUUAAUUGCCAAGUCAUAUCUAAUAAGUUUGUUAUGCAAUUUUUGAAGAAGAUAAGCUUAAAAAAUCAUAUGCUAUCUUUUAAUCAUAAGAAAAGCUUUUAGAAAAUAUUAUCCAUUAGAAAAUAGGAGAGCUUUUAUAAAUUGAUUUAGAUUAAUAAAAAAAUAUUUAGAUAAUUAAUGAAGAAUCACUCAAAUUUUUAAAUGAAAGAUGCUAAGGAUAUUUCAAGCUCGUUGGCUACUUUUAGAAUAGCAAAAAAUAUAUUUUCAAAUUUGAAAGUGAUUUUUCAAAUAAAGAAUCUUUACCAAAGCUAACUGAAGAUAUACUAAAUGAAGUACUCUAAAGAUAGGAUAAAAGUGAAUCAAAUAGUGAAUAAUAUGAAUGA